UGUAAAUGCUGCUUUUCCUUCCUAGUUGAGACAUCCAGCAGCAACAGUAAAUAGUAAUGGAUGGCAAAAGUUAUGUGUACCUUAACUAAUGACCAUGAGAAAAACAUUGUGCUGUCAGAUACUACUGUUGUAGAUGUCUUAAGUCAUUUAAAUCUGGGUCAAUGUGUGAAAGUGCUAGGUGUGAGGGGAGGGGAUUCAAUUUGGCUCAGAACAAGAGGAUACAGUUUCUACAGUUGGCUUACCAGAGCGUAGGAGUGAAGAGUAUGGUUAUACACCUUACAUCAGAAGUGUUUUCGUACGCCCAUGUAGCCCUUGCAUCUCUAAAGUUACUGGAAGUGUUCUGCACAUAACUGGUGACUUUGGUAGUUUAAAGUUUAAUGGAUUGUUUUUAUAUUAUAUUUUUAAUUUUGUUAUGCUGAAGUGUUGAGCCAAUUUCCACUCUUAUGGAAAUCAGAAAAUAUAAUCCCAGGAAACACACAUCUUUAAAACAGAAAACGCACGCUGACUGACGUGGCAUAGUUAUGGAUUGUCGUGGAGUGAAUCGUGUGUUAUGUGUGGUGGUUACGGUAUUUGUGUGUUCAUCAGUGGUUGAAGCACUGGAGAAUGGGCUGGCCCGGACUCCACCCAUGGGCUGGCUGUCAUGGGAGCGUUUUCGUUGUAAUACAGAUUGCAAGAAUGAUCCAGACAAUUGUAUAAGUGAUCGUCUGUUCCGUACUAUGACCGACCUCGUAGUGUCGGAAGGCUAUGCAGCUGUGGGGUAUGAAUACAUCAACAUUGAUGACUGCUGGCUCGAGAAAGAGAGAAGUUAUUCUGGUCAACUGGUACCUGACAAGCUGAGGUUCCCAUAUGGUCUUCAUGAUCUUUCAGAUUAUGUUCAUGCAAAGGGGCUGAAAUUUGGGAUCUACGAGGACUAUGGGAACUACACGUGUGCUGGCUAUCCAGGAAUACUGGGGUACCUGAAAACUGAUGCUGAGACCUUUGCCACCUGGAAUGUUGAUUAUGUCAAGCUGGAUGGCUGCUAUUCCCAUCCUCGUGAGAUGGAUCGAGGAUAUCCUGAGUUUGGUUUUCAUCUGAACCAAACUGGACGGCCAAUGGUCUACUCCUGCAGUUGGCCUGUAUAUCAGAUUUAUUCCGGAAUGUCGCCAAAUUACUCAUCUAUUGUCGAGCACUGCAAUUUGUGGCGUAACUUUGAUGACAUCCAGGAUUCAUGGGCAAGUCUAGAGAGCAUCAUUGAUUACUAUGGGAACAAUCAGGACAUCAUUGUUCCCAAUGCAGGGCCAGGACAUUGGAAUGAUCCUGAUAUGCUGAUUAUUGGGAAUUUUGGAUUAAGCUAUGAACAGAGUAAGACGCAGAUGGCUCUCUGGGCUAUUCUGGCUGCACCACUCCUCAUGUCUGUGGAUCUGCGUUCAAUCAGACCUGAGUACAAAGCUAUACUCCAGAACAAGAAGAUCAUUGCAGUAGAUCAAGAUCCCCUUGGCUAUCAAGGGCGCAGAAUAUAUAAGCACAACGGCAUUGAAAUCUGGGCGAGACCCAUAACACCAGUCUACCAGAAUUUCUUCUCAUAUGCUGUGGCCUUCGUAAAUCGUCGCACAGAUGGCACACCGUCAGAUGUUGCUGUCACAUUAAAAGAGUUGGGCCUCUUCAACCCUGGUGGCUAUAAUGUCGAAGAUCUAUAUGAAGAUGUCAACUAUGGGGUCUUAACACCACUAACCAAGAUAAAAGUGAAAGUAAACCCAUCUGGUGUCGUGAUCUUGCGAGCUGAUGUCCAGCCUGGACGACCAUUUGCUGCAGACCAACAGACACGGUAUGACCCAUAUCAAGUGUUCCAGUAUAGACCAGCUGGUAUCUAGGCAGUCAGUUGACAUGCCUGGUUCUGUGAAGUACUGGGAAGUAAUUCUCCUUUACCUGAAUUAAGACAAGGAACUUACAUAAGACGGACUGAUUGCAUAUCCAAUUAUGCAGGAGCUUCAGAAUAUUGCUUGUAUGAACCAUGUUCAGUUAAUGUUGCAGUAACCACUUGGAGUUCCUGUUCAAGUUUAGGAGUAA